GUUUCUUAGCGUUACUUCCUACAGCUGUCAACUUGAGACAGGAUGUGUGUAUUUCAUUUUUUCACGGUGUAACAGUUAGCAAGUGAAACAAACUUGCAUAGAAACGAAGGUGAGUUAGCCGGCGAAAGCUAACUGGGGUAGAUAACAACGCCGGCUAGUUCUUCGUGUGCUCCAUCGUUUCAUCUGCGUUUGUUUACAAGGGUUAACAACAUAAGUGUGGCAGCUAUUCUGGUGAUUAUUUUGCUGUCUUGUCGGGUUUGACAACGGGGGGAGUUUCCUGUCUCACUGCAGGAAUGCCGGGUGGAGAGUAUGGGGAGCUUGGGGGCAGCCUCCCCGCCAUCGCCUCCCUGAACGCUUCCUACUCUACGUCACUGUCCCUCCCUUCCCCGUACUUGUUUGUACCACCUGCGGAGCGCAAGGCCAUUUCCGAUGUCCGUCGCACCUUCUGUCUCUUUGUGACGUUCGAUCUGCUCUUCAUCUCGCUUCUGUGGAUUAUUGAGUUGAACAUCUCCAGCACAGUCUGGGACAGUUUAGGAAAUGAGGUUGUCCAUUAUAACUUCAAGUCUUCAUUCUUUGACAUCUUUCUCCUUGCCGUGUUUCGUUUCCUGUGUCUACAAGUGGGUUACGCUGCUUUUCGGUUAAAGCACUGGUGGGUGAUUGCGAUUACCACUUUGGUGACCAGUGUCUUCCUUGUUGUUAAGGUCAUUGUAUCUAAUCUCCUGUCCCAGAAUGCCUUUGGCUAUGUUUUGCCCAUCACCUCUUUUGUGGUGGCCUGGCUGGAGACCUGGUUUCUUGACUUCAAGGUGCUCACGCAGGAGGCAGAUGAUGAAAGAGCCUACCUAGCAGCAGUGAACGCAGCCUGUGAACGCGCCCCCAUGAUCUACCCCCGCGCUGUUUCAGACGGACAGUUCUACUCUCCACCUGAGUCUGUCGCAGGCUCUGAAGAAGAUCUGGAUGAGGAGGGUCUUGGGCGCAGAGCUGUCACUGCUCAGGAGAAGGAGUACGUCCGACAGGGUCGUGAGGCCAUGUCUGUGUUGGAACAGAUCCUAGCCCAGGAGGACAACUGGAAAUUUGAAAAAAACAGUGACAUGGGAGACUCUGUCUACACCCUGGAGAUUCCCUUCCACGGAAAGACUUUCAUUCUCAAGGCCUUAAUGCAGUGUACUGCUGAGCUUGUGUAUCAGGAGGUAAUUCUACAACCAGAGAAGAUGGUCCAGUGGAACAAAACUGUGUCUGCCUGCCAGAUCCUCCAGAGGGUUGACGACAACACCCUAGUAUCAUAUGAUGUCUCUGCUGGAGCAGCAGGGGGAGUUGUGUCUGCCAGGGACUUUGUUAAUGUUCGUCGGGUGGAACGCAAACGAGACUGCUACCUGUCUGCCGGCAUGGCAACCGACCACGACGCCAAACCUCCAAGCGGUCGCUACGUCAGGGGAGAAAAUGGUCCAGGAGGGUUUGUGGUCCUCAAAUCCAGCAGUAAUCCAUCUGUCUGCACCUUCAUCUGGGUACUCAACACAGACUUGAAGGGCCGUCUGCCCCGUUACCUCAUCCACCAGAGUCUGGCUGCCACCAUGUUUGAAUUCAUGUCCCAUUUACGCCAACGUAUUGCUGACCUGCGGCCCUCUCACCGCUCCCACCACCACCACCACCACCACACUUAAAACAGAAGAGACAUCUAAUCGUGCCACAGCUGGCUGGGAGUGGGAUCACAUACAUAUUUUUGAGUGGACCUGUAAUUAUUUUGCCAUGUCUCUCACCGUGCAAUGAAAACUGUUUUGUGAGGACAUCUCGCAGCAGGGUGGACUUUACUCAAACUGGAAGACUUGGAUGAAGAUGGGAGUGAUCCUGGCUGUGUCGGGAUCCGUCUUACUUAUUACAAAAGAACUGAUGCAAUGGCAUGAAUGAGCCUUAUCUUCCUGCAAACAUUGUUAGCCAUUGAUUUGCUGCCUUUGUUUUUUUGUUUUGAUUUUUUGUUUUUGUUUUUUGUCUGUGUUUUCACUGCAAUGGCUUAAAUAUGCUUCACCGGUGCACCUGCCCUAAAACAAACCCACACUUCAGUAAAAGCUGUUUCCACACAGUUUAUUUUCCUUUGCUACACUGUGAAUGAUGGGGAAACGAGUCACUGGCUGCCUAAGUACCACUAGAGGGAGACAGCACUGAUCCACCCAGUGAAAGCCUCCAACUGUAAGCGUGUUCUCCGAUCUUAGGGUGCAAAUAUCUUAUCAGCUAAUCAUCUAACAUUUAAUCAACUAUUGCUGAGGUUUUUUUUUUUUUAAUACUGCUUUUGUUUUGCACUUUGAGAUCAGCCAGGAGGUCAAACUAUCAAAUGAGGAGGCUGUUAGUUUUUGUUGCAAAUGCAUUAUCAAGCCCAGUUUUAAAAAAUUGUAAAUGAUGAUUAUGUUUAUAAAUUAGGAUGCUGUACACUUACUAAGGCUAUCCCUUGUGCCAAUAACCCCAAGUGGCCUUGUCGUAAAAAAGCUAAACUCAUUACUUGUCAUCAAAAGUUAUCACUGUACCGAUAUGAUUUCCAUUUUCCUUAGUAAUGGCCUCCCCUCAGGCCCUGAGAUGUGGUGCCCAAAGAUGUUUUUCUAUCAUUUCUUACCUUAUGAAGCAUUAGGUCAUGUUUAAUCAUUUAAAAAUGCUACUUCCAGCUUAUUAAGUUUUAGUUUUGUUUCAAAAUCUGCACCUCAGCGUUAUGAUGUACCUCCAAAAAAAUCAUUUAUCAUUGCGAAUGUAAAGAAAUGGGGCAAAUGUCUGCGGUCUGGUCAUUGGUUCAAAUUACUGUCGAGUUGAACCAGAGAAAGAAAAUUAUUGUGCUUUUCAGUCUUGAGAAAUAAGACAAGAAACAACUCUGUUGAACUGUUCACACUUUAAAUGUGCAUAUCUAGGGGUGUAACUGUGAUGUUGUGACUGUGAUGUGGAAAAUGACCACAUCAGCCACAGUAGAGGUAUUUGCAGAAGCUGCCGUCACCGAGUGCAAAUAUUCUUGAUCAUGAAGUCCAAAACACGUGGUGAUUGAGAUUUAGCCGGGUAAUUUGUCAGGAUCGAUCUUAGUUACUUACUGUAAAGAAGGAGUGUCAAGAUUAAAGUGAUUAAUGAUAUCAGCAAUUUGGUGCCUUUAUCACGGUAACAUUACACAUCAGCCUUUUCUUUUGCUUUGCAUUUAUUUUACUCUGUUAAGUCAAUGCUUAAUACCUUCAGCAAGGGUAUGCUGUGUGAAUAUGAACGCUGCUUAGAGUACUUAAGUUAGUGUUUUCUAAAUAAUAGUUUUUGAAUGUAUUUGUCUAUAGAUCAUAAAUCAAACGUGUUAAUUUAAAGCCAUCAUGACUGACCAACGGUUUUUAUUGAGUCUUAACCAGUGUCUUAUGUCUAAUAAAAUACAUGACUUCAU